AUGUCCCUUCUUGCUUCGCACGGGAAAGUACUCGAUGGAUUGGCGGCAUAUCUAGACGAGAUCAAGAACAUGGAGGCAUCCGAACGAUCCGUGGGAACCAUGACGGAAGAGACGGAUCAAGAGAAGGGGAUGUCGCCGCUGCCCCAUCUUCCUACUGAACCUGAACUACCCCCACGAUCACAAAGCGUUACCUCACCGCUAGACGAACUCGAAUCUCCACGCAUCCAGGCUUCCGGUCACAUCGUCAAGCCCCCCAGCGCCUCAAACAAGAGUUUCUCCGCCCCUCCAAGUUCUAUUGUGAGGGUCUCAAAUUCCAAUGCCAAGACCGGUCAGGCACAGUCAGGCAAUGCAUGCGCAGAGCAGGCGAAGAAGCGAUCGAGUGGCCGCAGCUUGAAACGUGUGUUGAAGGGUGCGAUGAAAAAGAUUGGACUCCGCCGUGAUGCAAGCAGGUAG